AUGUUGCCUUUGAUUUCAAUUAUUGGACUUGUUGCCUCUGCUCGGGCCGCUAACAAUGGAUUGGCCCGUACGCCUCAAAUGGGAUGGAACACAUGGAACAAGUUUGCGUGUGAUAUCUCUGAAGACCUGAUCCUCUCCGCUGGACAAGCCGUAGUGAACACUGGACUCAAAGACCUGGGGUAUGAAUACGUCGUUGUGGAUGAUUGCUGGCAUGCCGCAUCCCGUGAACCCGGAACCAACAAACCUGUGGCCGACUCGACUCGUUUCCCUAAUGGAAUCAAGCAUUUGAGCGAUAGCAUCCACAAUCUAGGUCUCAAGAUCGGUAUCUACAGCUCUGCAGGAUUAUACACGUGUGGUCGCCGAUUUGGUUCUCUCGGCUAUGAAGAAAUCGAUGCCCAAACCUAUGCUGAGUGGGAGAUUGACUAUCUUAAAUACGAUAAUUGCUACAACGAAGGGCGCCACGGGACACCUCUCAUUUCCUACGAGCGCUAUGCCAAUAUGUCUCGCGCCCUCAAUUCUACUGGCCGCCCGAUACUGUACUCGAUGUGCAACUGGGGUGAAGACGGGACUUGGAAUUGGGCCACUGAAAUUGCCAACAGCUGGCGCAUGAGUGGUGACAUAAAAGAUACAUUUGCAGGAUACGAUGAUCGCUGUCCCUGCACUUCCAUGCUGGAUUGCAAACUCCCCGGCUACCAUUGCUCGGUUGCGCGGAUUCUCGAUUUUGCUGCUCCUUUGGGACAAAAGGCUGGUCCGGGCCGAUGGAACGACUUAGACAUGCUCGAGGUUGGAAAUGGUGGUAUGACAUAUGAUGAAUAUGUCACCCAUUUUUCAAUGUGGGCUGCAGUCAAGAGCCCUUUGAUCUUGGGUAACGAUGUCACCGAGAUGACGGCAGAGACCCUCGAGAUUAUCACGAACCAAGCAGUCAUUGCCGUUUCUCAAGAUGCCAACGGAUCGCCUGCCAAUCGCCUCUGGAAGCGCACUCUGACUGACGGUGACUUGUCGCUUUGGAUCGGAGGCCUUGUGAAUAACACGUGGGUUAUCGCAUUGGUGAACACCUCACCCAAGAGUCAGCGCGUCGACCUUCCUUUUGCUGAUAUUUUUGCCGACUCGUCUCCGACCAUUCGUAAAUCUAAAUUCCGCCUUUACGACCUUUGGGCCCAGAAAACCAGUUCACCUCCCGCUUGGAACUCUGUUUCAUCCCAAUUCCCCUCUUUCCUCAACUCGUCUGGAGCAAGCAACACAACACUUCAGACCAUUCUCGCACGCUCGACCAAUUGGGGAAAAGACCUCGGUGUGUUCUCGGGGACGUUGAAGAACGUGAACGUGCCCGCGCAUGGUGUUAAGAUCUGGAAAGCAGAGUUGGCCACCCCAGUUGCAAGCUCUUCGAGUAGCGUUGCAUCUGCGACGAGCGCUACCUUGACUUCAGUUGGCGCCACUGCGACUUCACUCACUUCGUCUAUCCCUGUGUCCAGCACUUCCACUUCAUCCUCGAUCAGUAGUGGUACUACUACCUCCAGUAGCGUAGAAUCUUCUGUCACGGCCGCCCCUACAUCCACCUUGUGA